AUGUCAGGCUGCCAGCGCCAAUUCUUCCAAAUGGCGCGCAACUCCGAAAAAGCCCAGUCCAUGCUCUUCCGCUUCCGCGAAGCCCAAGCCGCCGACCUCGGAAUCAUCGACGCAGGCCGAACCCGCCGUCCCCGCGCCAUCACCGAGCAAACAUCCAUCCCCGCCUGCGAGAAAUGGCGUGGCCAGGUCCUCAAAGAAAUCUCCCGCAAGGUCUCCCGAAUCCAAGACAUCUCUCUCUCCGACUACCAAAUCCGCGACCUGAACGAUGAGAUCAACAAGCUCAUGCGGGAGAAACACAUGUGGGAGAUCCAAAUCAAGAACCUGGGCGGGCCGAAUUACAUGAGGGGUGGGGGGAAGGUGUAUGAUGAGGCUGGGAGGGAGAUUCAAGGUGGUGGGAAGGGGUAUAGGUAUUUUGGACGGGCGAAGGAGCUGCCGGGGGUGAAAGAGCUGUUUGAGGCGGCGACGAAGAAGAGGGAGGAGGAUGAGAAGCCGUUGGAGGAGAGGACGGAUUUGAAUAGGAGGAACGUGGAUGCGGGGUAUUAUGGUUAUGCGCCUGGGGAGGAGGAUGAGCUGUUGCUGGAGUAUGAGAAACUCAAGGAGAAGAAGGCGUUUGAGGCGCUGAGGAAGGCGGGGAACAAAGAGGCACCGCCGGGGUGGGAGCCAUUGCCGGGUGAUAUUGGGGAUGGGAGAGUGUGGGAGUUGCCGACGUUGGAUGAGGUGCAGCAGGAGCUGAUUGACAGGAGGAGGGCGAGGUUGUUGGAUCAGUUACAGUAAAUCGGCGUUGGAGAGGUGGGCUAGUGGAUAUUGUUGGUAUUUCGACAUCUUCAUGGUUAUGUCUGGCGUUCAGGGGCACACAGGACGGACUAUGAGGGUUUCUCUGCCAAAAUGACUUUCCAAAAUUUCUGUGUAUUAUCUUCAUUAGGUGUAAUUGUAUAUACCGCACCACCAAUCAUUAUGCAUGCAACCAAA